AUGGCAACCAACGAGAAGGAGGCCGCCAUCAUUGAUGGGCCGGAAUAUAAUGCCAAUGGACAUACCCAGUAUGUUGAUCCCGUCACGGGAAUCGAGACCAAGGAGGGCCGCAUUCUGGAAGCUGGCGAGAUAUAUGGAAACUUGGCCGAUGCUGAGGAAUAUGGAUACGUGACUCGAGGGCUCAAGUCGAGACACAUCCAAUUCAUCGCCCUGGGUGGUACUAUUGGUACCGGUCUAUUCCUAGGUAUCGGAGGUGCCUUCACCCAAGCUGGCCCUUUGUCGGUGUUGUUAGGAUACACGUUCACUGGUAUCGCCAUUUUCGCCAUGAUGCAAUGCCUUGGUGAAAUGGCCACAUGGCUCCCACUCCCUGGCGCCAUUCCUCAGUUCUGCGCUCGUUAUGCUGAUGACGCCUUGGGAUUUGCUGUCGGUUGGAACAAUUGGUACUCGAACGCCAUCACUCUCUGUGCCGAAAUCUCAGCCGCAUCCAUCGUCAUCGAUUACUGGCACCCCGGUGUCAACGUCGCUGUAUGGAUCUCCAUCCUCAUCGUUCUUGUCAUCGGCCUCAACAUCUUUGCCGUGGCCAUCUAUGGCGAGGCCGAAUUUGUUUUUGCCAGUGUCAAGAUCAUCACAAUUGUUGGGCUCUUGAUUAUGGCCUUCAUUAUUGACGUUGGUGGUGGACCAAAGCGCGAUCGCCUUGGAUUCCGCUUCUGGAAGGAUCCUGGUGCAAUGCUUGAGUACGAUGGAACAGGCGACGCCGGCCGGUUCUUGGGUCUCUUCAGCGUGUUGGUGAAUGCUGCUUUCUCGUAUGGUGGGGUUGAGCUCGUGGCUGUUGCUGCUGGUGAGGCUGAGAACCCUCGCAAGAACAUCCCCAAGGCUGUUCGCAGAGUCUUCUGGCGUAUCCUGUUCUUCUACAUCCUAGGGUCGCUGGCAAUCGGUGUUCUCGUUUCGUCAAAAGAUGAACAUCUGUUGAAAGCACAGAAAGACGACGCUGCAGGCGCUGCUCAAUCCCCAUGGGUCAUUGGCAUCCAAAAUGCUGGCAUUCCUGUUCUCCCUUCAAUCAUCAACGCCGUCAUUUUGACUUCCGCCUCCUCGUCGGCUAACGCAUUCUUGUACACCGGAUCCCGAUAUCUGUUUGCUCUUGCCCAAAACAGACAAGCUCCACGUUUCCUCCUUCGCUGCAGCAAGGCAGGUGUCCCAUACUGGUGUGUUUUGAUCACGGCCUCCAUUGCAUGCCUGACCUAUCUUUCCGUUGGGAAGGGCGGUGCUCAGGACGCAUUCCUGUGGUUCCAGAACUUGACGACCAUCGCCUCCCUGUUCACCUGGUGCUCAAUUUGUCUUGCCUACAUCCAAUUCCACAAGGCCCUCAAGGCCCAGGGAAUUGACCGCAACACUCUCGUGUUUAGGAGCCGCUUUCAGCCAUACACAGCUUGGUUCUCAUUCGGAUACUUUGCCAUGAUCAUCAUCUUCAACGGCUUUGAUGUCUUUGUCCAUGGUCACUGGAAGGUUGACAGCUUCAUUGCAUCUUACAUCGGCAUCCCGAUUUAUUUCGCGCUGUAUUUCUUCUGGAAGAUCUUCAAGAAAACUAAGUGGAUCCACCCAGCAGAUGCAGACAUUACCACCGGUAAGGCGGCGCUGGAUGCGGAGGUUUGGCCAUCCCAGGUUCCACGGAACGUCUGGGAGAAGAUCUGGUUCUUCAUUGCGUAG